CCCGAGCGUGAGAGUCUCCUCGUUCUAUGGGUUAGGAGUUGGUCAUUAAAGGGCUGAGGCUUAAGAGCCCAGAUCUCCCAGCUCCCUUAGUUGGCCCUUCCGGGAGCCGCCCGGUCUCUUGUGCAGGAAGGGGAAGGGGCCGAAGUGUGGGGAAGGCGUGGCAGGAAGGAGGGUACUCUGUGGUCAGGGAACUGCUCACUGAGCACAGCUGCACAGUGCUGUCAGAGCGGCCGAUCCCCAGCCCAAGAUGAUUCCAGCAGUGGUCUUGCUCUUACUCCUUUUGGUUGAACAAGCAGCGGCCCUGGGAGAGCCUCAGCUCUGCUACAUCUUGGAUGCCAUCCUGUUUCUGUAUGGAAUUGUCCUCACCCUCCUCUACUGUCGACUGAAGAUCCAAGUGCGAAAGGCAGCUAUAGCCAGCUAUGAGAAAUCAGAUGGUGUUUACACGGGCCUGAGCACCAGAAACCAGGAGACUUAUGAGACUCUGAAGCAUGAGAAACCACCACAGUAGCUUUAGAACACAUGCGGUUGUAUUCUUCGGCUUCUUGUUCUUCCAGUCCUCAUGGUUGGCGUCACAUAUGCCCGCAUGCCAUUAACGCCAGCUGGCCCUACCCCUACCCCUAUUAUAAUCCUGUGCCCCCCAAAUUGAUAUACAACGGUGGUUCCUCCUCCCUGUUUUGUUUGUUUGUUUGUUUUGAGAUGGAGUUUCGCUCUUGUUGCCGGGGCUGGAGUGGAAUGGCUCCAUCUCGGCUCACCACAAACCUCUGCCUCCUGGGAUCGAGCCAUUCUCCUGCCUCGCCUCCCAAGUAGCUGGGAUUACAGGCAUGCGCCACCAUGCCCGGCUAAUUUGUGUGUGUGUGUAUUUAGUAGAGACAGGGUUUCUCCAUGUUGGUCAGGCUGGUCUUGAACUCCUGACCUCAAGUGAUCUGCCCGCCUCGGCCUCCCGAAGUGUUGGGAUUACAGGCACGAGCCACCACACCCAGCAAUCCCUCUCCCGGUUAAAGACAUGCUCAGAUGCUAUUCACAGAUGUUUAUAUUCUAGUCUCUCUCUCUUGUCCCACCCUUCUUCUCUUCCCCAUCCCCAACUCCAGCUAAAAUACAGGGAGGGAGACUCGCCAAUAAAGCUGCCACAGACUGGACUCCA